GCUCUAAUGUGAUUCGCCCCAGUCUGUUUGACGCCAGGACUGGUGAGAGACGAGGGAAAGAGAGGCAGGAAAAAAGGAAAAAAACCUCCUUCAUGUCGGUGUCUGUAAAACAGAGCAAAGGUCGACAGACGCUACACCACUUCAUAAAAGGGAUGGUGGCUUUUCCGCAGGGGGGUGUUGAGAAGUGAUUGAAAAAGUUUCCUUGCUGUUUUUUCUUUCCUUUUUGUGCGAGUGAGGUGCCCCUUCUCGAUGUGUCAGGCUCUGACCGCAGCUAGUUUCUGGCAUGGAUUAGUCUCUAAUAUCUAAUAGUCGUCUCAUCGUUGUUUUCAUUUCUCAAUUGCCCUUUACACUAAUUCUUGGAGUGGUUGUGACCCAGUUCCAGUCCCUUCGCUGCAGGUCUUCCUGAGCCCUGAGCACCAGCAGCUGCGUCCUGCCUCGACUUCCUGUCCUUGGUCGUGCAAGGCUAAGCUCGUCCACUCCCCUACCCCCCCACAUACACAAACACACACAUAAUCAUCUUCCUGGCACACUGCAGGCCGAGAGCGCUUCAGAUCCCGCUUCCUGGUGCAGCCCAGCACUAUGACCUCCAUGUCCAGUCUGUUCUCCUUCACCAGCCCGGCGGUGAAGCGGUUGCUGGGCUGGAAGCAGGGCGACGAGGAGGAAAAAUGGGCGGAAAAGGCUGUGGACGCCCUGGUGAAGAAGCUGAAGAAGAAAAAGGGUGCCAUGGAGGACUUGGAGAAGGCCCUCAGCAGCCCCGGACAGCCCAGCAAAUGUGUGACCAUCCCCCGGUCGCUGGACGGGCGGCUGCAGGUGUCCCACAGGAAGGGCCUGCCUCACGUCAUCUACUGCCGCGUGUGGCGCUGGCCUGACCUGCAGUCCCAUCAUGAGCUCAAACCGCUCGAGGUGUGCGAGUAUCCGUUCGGUUCCAAACAGAAAGAAGUGUGUAUCAACCCAUAUCACUACAAACGAGUUGAAAGUCCUGUGCUUCCUCCGGUGUUGGUGCCACGACACAGCGAGUUCAACCCUCAGCACAGUCUGCUGGUGCAGUUCCGCAACCUGAGUCACAAUGAGCCUCACAUGCCUCUCAACGCCACCUUCCCAGAGUCCUUCCAGCAGCACAGCGGAGGAAGCUCCUUCCCCAUCUCUCCAAACUCGCCCUACCCUCCGUCUCCCGCCAGCAGCGGCACCUACCCCAACUCUCCUGCAAGCUCUGGGCCAUCCAGCCCCUUCCAGCUGCCAGCUGAUACCCCUCCUCCUGCCUACAUGCCUCCAGAUGAACAGAUGGGACAGGACGGGUCUCAGUCCAUGGAGACUGGCAGCAGCAUGGUUCCUCAGAACAUGCCCAGAGGGGAUGUGCAGCCCGUGGAGUAUGAGGAGCCCAGUCACUGGUGCUCUAUUGUGUACUAUGAGCUGAAUAAUCGUGUGGGAGAGGCUUACCACGCUUCCUCCACUAGUGUACUGGUUGAUGGAUUCACUGACCCAUCCAACAACAAGAACCGCUUCUGCCUGGGCCUGCUCUCCAACGUCAAUCGCAACUCCACUAUUGAGAACACUCGUCGCCACAUUGGCAAAGGUGUCCACCUGUAUUAUGUUGGAGGAGAAGUGUAUGCAGAGUGUCUGAGUGACACCAGCAUUUUCGUCCAGAGUCGAAACUGUAACUACCAUCAUGGCUUCCACCCAACAACUGUCUGCAAAAUCCCCAGCGGCUGCAGCCUCAAGAUCUUCAACAACCAAGAAUUCGCUCAGCUGCUCGCUCAGUCGGUCAACCACGGAUUCGAGGCCGUCUACGAGCUCACCAAGAUGUGCACCAUCCGCAUGAGCUUUGUAAAGGGCUGGGGCGCGGAGUAUCACAGACAAGAUGUGACGAGCACCCCUUGUUGGAUAGAAGUGCAUCUUCACGGUCCCCUCCAAUGGCUGGAUAAAGUCCUAACACAAAUGGGUUCUCCUCUGAACCCCAUCUCUUCUGUCUCAUAAUGAAGGGCCCUGCUGGGCUGGGAGAAUCUUUGUUUUUUUUUUUUUGUUUUUUUUUUUUUGGUUUUUCUUUUUUUUUCCUUCGUUUUUGAAAAAAAAGGAGAUCUUAAGGGCUGAACUGUUUACACUACCUGCAGAAGGGUGACCGGAUCCUGUGGCAGUCAGAACGAGAAGAAUGAACUGGGGCUACAAGCACAUCUAGCCGAGGAAAAUUCUAGGCAGUGACACAAAAAGGACUAACUACUGCUUUAGCAAUUACCUUCCUGUUUGUUUGUUUGUUUGUUUUUUUGCAUACAGUUGUUUUAAAAUGAUGCUUGUAUGAAUGAUUUUCUCUAACUGUAGGUAAUCUAGUAGAUGAAACUGACAUGCUUUCAUGUAUCUCUACUUCACUUUACACCAGUUGAAAAUGGCAAUUUCCUAGUUCUAUGCGAAUCUUUUUAAUUGCUAUGUUGUCUAAUCCCUGUUAUUCUCAAAGCAUAUUUUCCUUUAUAUGUUUACUGUUAGACUCAAAGCUCAUUACAAAUGUUUCCUUUUUAUAGCAUCUGUUGCCUUAAGGCAAAUCAAAGUUACUGCUUUUAAAUAAAGUUCUUUUAUCUGAAAAAA